UUCAUCCUUUUCAGUGCUCACUCUCGCUCGUCCGUGUGUGUGUGUGCGCGUGCGUGCGCGGAUCGCCGAGCGCCGUUUCAUUCUCUGCUGCCAGGAGACACGCAUCUCUUUACUCGCCGGUAGACGGUCAGUCUGCUCUAAAACAUUCCCCGUCAGAGCUCCAGUCUACCUGCUUUCAUCUCAACAAACGUUGCCGGUUUUUCUCGAUCCACAGUGCUUACCGGCAUAAACCGGGAGGAGACGCGAGUACCGACUGGGCGUUGCUGGAGGAAAAGCGCUAUAGAUUUGGUAAACCACAGCCAUCUGAUAGCUGUAGACUUCAACUAGUGGACUGAGUCCUAGGUUCCUGAUUUCUCUUUUGUUGAGACGGACCUCCAGGACUAGGACAAGAUGAAACCAGAUGGUGUUGACACAGCAACAAUGGAAGCAUUAAACACAGGUCCUGCGGUCGAAGUGGUGCCAGGGGGCGAAGCUCAGGACCAGACUUUGCCUGCAGCGCAAACAGAAGGUGAACCACAGCAAAAAGAAGCAACCAACAAGUCUGGGGAUCCCAAAGCCAAGACAAAGGCUCCUGCCAAAACAAAGACACCCACCUCUGGAACCAAGACAUCUACAACAGGCUCCCGUCCCACCACUGGCCAAAGCCAUCUGAUAAAUGGGGCACAGAAGUCACAAGCUAAUGGCGUCCCCAAAAAGACCACCACAGCAGGCCUGGAGAAGAAAACCUCAACCACUGCUGCCACUAAAAAACCAGUCAGCUCUACUUCUGCACCCACAACCAAGACCCCAAACAAGGUGACUGAGAAAAAGCCUGUGGGGACGGCAAGACCUGCCAGUGCUCCAGCCAGUGGUGUGAAGACGACAGGGGCAGCACAGCCCAUAAAGAAAGCCCCUGCUCCACCAGCUAAUGGUCUGAAGUCUAAACCAAAAACUACAGCUCCAGCUCCAGCUGCAAGACCCGCUACUGCAUCCACCACUAAGACCAGCAUCACUGGCUCUCCUGUCGCCAAAACAACCAGGUCUGUUGGCUCAGCUCCUGCUGCCCCGAAGUCUGGGACACCGACAACUGCCAGCAAGACAUCUACAACCGUAUCCAGGCCAACUACUGGUACACCCAAGACACCAUCUACCACUGCUAAACCCUCACCUGCUAAAACCACAGCUCCCCCUGCUGGCCGCACUCCCCCUCCUAAGACCACAACACCUAUCAAGAAAGAUGUCAGUAAGCAGUCAUCUGCUCCAGCAGCCAAGAAGACCACUUCUUCUCCGCUUACCCGGCCAGCACCAACUAAGACCACCAAACCUGACACCCCUAAGUCAGCCUCCACUGCCAAGGCAGAAUCAGCCUCCAAAAAACCCACCACCUCCAGUAAGGUGGCAGAUGUUAAGACUAGUAAACCCAAGGAGAGCAAAGCAAUGCCUUCCAAGGAGGUCAACGCAAGCCCCAAGACCACAGGCAGCAAGCCAAGCACUAAAACAAGCAGCCCAAAGAAGUCAGUUGGCAGUAGCACUCCAAAGCCAUUGAAGGGUGGCCCAAAAGCCUCCCAGCCUGCAGACACAGCAGCCAUGGAGGGUGAGAAAAAGGACAUGGUACCCGCUAUGGUUUCAGCCACUACUGCAGCUGGUGCUGUUGUUUCUAUGGUGACCUCUGAGGCAGCACCUGAAGACUUAGACACAUCUUUUGUUCCUGUUGCCACUGAAGAGGCACCUGAGGACUUGUUUACCCAGGUCAAUCCUGCUGCCUCUGAGGUGAAAUUAGAAGACUCAUUUACAACUCCAAUUCCUGCUUCCUCUGAGGACUCUAAAGAGGAUUCAAAAGAAAUGGCCAAAGCUGUCAUUGCCCCUAGCACUACGAAAGCACCUGAAGACAAAGUUACACCUGUCAUGCUUCAUGUCUCUGAGGGAUCACCUGAAGACUCUGUUACACAUUUCAAUCCUGAAGAAACAUCUGAAGACAGAACUGUGUCUGCCAUUCCACCUACCUCUGUUGAGGUACGAGAGGAAACUGUUUCACCUGUCACUCCUUCUGAAGAAAUACCUGAGGAUGUAACUACAUCUGUCAUUGCUCCUAUCUCUUAUGAGGCACGAGAAGAAACGGUUUCACCUUCCAUUCCUUCUGAAGAAACACCUGAGGAUGUAACUACAUCUGUCAUUGCUCCUACGUCUUAUGAGGCACGAGAAGAAACUGUUUCACCUCCCAUUCCUUCUGAAGAAACACCUGAGGAUGUAACUACAUCUGUCAUUCCUCCUACCUCUUAUGAGGCACGAGAAAAAACGGUUUCACCUUCCAUUCCUUCUGAAGAAACACAUGAGGAUGUAACUACAUCUGUCAUUCCUCCUACCUCUUGUGAGGCACGAGAAGAAACAGUUUCACCUUCCAUUCCUUCUGAAGAAACACCUGAGGAUGUAACUACAUCUGUCAUUCCUCCUACCUCUUGUGAGGCACGAGAAGAAACUGCUUCACCUCCCAUUCCUUCUGAAGAAACACCUGAGGAUGUAACUACAUCUGUUAUGUUUCCUAACUCUUAUGAGGCCCGAGAAGAAACUGUUUCACCUGUCAUUCCUUCUGAAGAAACACCUGAGGAUGUAACUACAUCCAUCAUUCCUCCUACCUCUUAUGAGGCACGAGAAGAAACGGUUUCACCUUCCAUUCCUUCUGAAGAAACACCUGAGGAUGUAACUACAUCUGUCAUUCCUCCUACCUCUUGUGAGGCACGAGAAGAAACUGCUUCAUCUCCCAUUCCUUCUGAAGAAACACCUGAGGAUGUAACUACAUCUGUUAUGUUUCCUAACUCUUAUGAGGCACGAGAAGAAACUGUUUCACCUGUCAUUCCUUCUGAAGAAACACCUGAGGAUGUAACUACAUCCAUCAUUCCCCCUACCUCUUAUGAGGCACGAGAAGAAACUGUUUCACCUGCCAUUCCUUCUGAAGAAACACCUGAGGAUGUAACUACAUCUGUCAUUCCUCAUACCUCUUAUGAGGCACGAGAAGAAACUGCUUCACCUCCCAUUCCUUCUGAAGAAACACCUGAGGAUGUAACUACAUCCAUCAUUCCCCCUACCUCUUAUGAGGCACCUGUAGAAACAACUUCACCUGUCAUUCCUCCAGCCUUUGAAGACGAACCCGAAGACACAUUUACACCUGUUAUUUCUCCUACUUCUGAUGAGGCAGAGCUUGUCUAUCCCCAGGAUGUCCCGCAGAGCAUGGACACUUAUAAAGAUGACAAUGUAAUGUCUCAGCUGGAUGCUGAAGUAGACUUGGUCAGUCUGGAGGUGCCAGUGCCUGCUGUGUCUCCCCUGGGCACAACAGUACUGUCCCCACCAUCCUCUCCCACCAGCUCACCAUCCAUGCCAGUUGAGCUCCCAAGUUCAGUUCCCUUCCGGAGCAUGGAGGGUCUAUCUGAGCCAUGGGCACAGAGCUCUACACUGUACUCCAGCUCUGUAACCAUAGAGAACCAGGAGCAGGAUAUGGAAAGAGAGCCUAAUGAAGAAAGUGAACAGGAUGAUGAAAAAGAUCAGGAUGAUAUACAGAUGCCCUCUGCUGCAGAGAAUGUGAUAGAAGACUUUAAUCUGAUGGGCUCCACUAGUGGGGAUCACAUCAGAAAUGCAGCUCCUGUCUCCCCCUUGAAAAGAACAAGAAAGAGGCAGUGGAGAAAGCUGAAGAAGAAAUUAAUGAAGACAAUGAUGAGAGGAGGAGGAGGAAGAGAAAGAGGAGGAAGUAGAAGCAUUAAAAAGAUUGGCAUAAAGGAACCUGUGCCCAAACAGAGAAAGAAGUUUACUCUAAAAAGGGGUGGAAGAUUUUGCCAGCUCUGA